CUGGCGCUGGGGGUGGGGGCCGCCCUCUGGGCUCUGUACGGGCUGUGCGCGGCGCCGCUGGAGCUGCUGAGGUCCCCACACGCUGUGGGCUAUGCCCCGGACCCGGGCUCCAGCCCCCGUCGGGCGGCGAACGAGGUGCGGCGGCGGCGACAGGUCGGGGAGUUGCCGCCCGUGUACCCCAACGGCUGGUACCGCGUCCUGGACUCGCACCUACUCCGCCCCACACAGGUCAGGGGGGUCAGUCUGCUCGGUGAGCAGGUGUGUGUGUACCGGGCACAGGAUGGUCGCGCCCACGUGGUGGACGCCUAUUGCCCGCACCUGGGCGCUAACCUGGCGGUGGGCGGGCGAGUGGCCGGAGACUGUAUCGAAUGUCCUUUUCACGGUUGGCAGUUCCGGGGCGAGGAUGGAAAAUGCACCAAGAUUCCGUACGCGGAGAAAGUGCCGGAUUUCGCUCGUAUUAAGACAUGGCCGACGUGUGAGCUGAACGGGAUGGUGUUCGUGUGGUAUCACUGCGACGGCAUCAAUCCCACCUGGAGCAUCGACGGGCAGGAGGAGAUCCAGAGCGGCCAGUGGGUGUAUCGCGGGCGGACAGAGCAUUACGUCAACUCUCACAUCCAGGAGAUUCCAGAGAACGCGUCCGACUUUGCUCACCUUGCUCACCUGCACAAGCCCAGCUUCCUGAGUGGUGCCGACCUGCGCUACAGUAACUCCAAACUGUGGUCCUUCACCACACACGACUGGAAGGUGGAUUGGGAAGUGGAGCCGGAACCCAACAAGCACUGCGCCCGCAUGCUGAUCAACCACACCCUCUGCGUCUUUGGCCACCAUUUCCCCCUCCUGGACAUGAAUGUGGUCGCCAGGCAGGUGGGCCCCGGAAUUGUGCACCUGUUUAUCAGCCACUCGGUGCUGGGCUCGGGGGUGAUCCUACACUGUGUGACCCCCGUGGAGCCGCUGCUGCAGCGAGUGGCUCACAGCAUCUACUUUCAGGCCAGAGUCCCCGCCAUCAUCCCCAAAUUCAUCCUGAGAGCGGAAUGUGUCCAGUUUGAGCGGGACGUGAUGAUCUGGAACAACAAGAAGUACAUCUCGAAGCCGCUGCUGUUGAAGGAGGAUGCAGCCAUCGCUCGCCAUCGUCGCUGGUUCGCUCAGUUCUACAGUGAGAAUAGCCCGCGCUUCACCUUCCGACAAGAGGGUCUGGACUGGUGACGGGAGCCCAGCCCAAGGGAUCGCACUGACUGAUUGACGUUCCCAAGUCACCCCCAGGCCGGAGAGGGGGUUAGGAGAAACCCGGGAUCUGGCCAAACCUUAUGUGUCAUUCCCUCCAGAUACCUGGAGACUGCUUCCCAAUGCUUCCAGGUUGGAGCUUCUUGUAGGUGACAAAGAAGUGUUUUGUGGGUAUGCCGUGUGUGUGUGUGUGUGUGUGUGUGUGCGUGUGUGUGUUUAGGCCGUUUUACUGAUCAAUCAUGUAUGAGGCGAGACGUGAUGAAAUGGGACAUUAAGUACAUUAAGUCCUGUAGGUUCCUGCCUCUGGGGCUCCCGGGCUUUGCGUUUGCAGGUCCCUGGAGAGUGAUGAGCCCCGAAACACCCUGUUCCUAGUAUAAAUCUGUGCCAGAUAAUCCUGAGCAUCUUCGGGUUAUCUGAUUGUUAAAUCAUUGCGGUAUCUACUCAGGUUACUGAGGCUUUUUAUAUACAGAACGUAUUUUUACACUUAACUCCCAUUUUAUUAUCCAGAAAAUUACGUGUUGCUCCGAAUCAAAUGUUUACAACAAAAUUAUGUUAUCGGUAGGUCGUGCCUUGUGUUCAGUGUGAUUGCUGCUGUUGCUAUUGUUCUGAGCAGAACAGUGCUGCUUCUGACUGGAUAAUCCUGCCCUUUCCUGCUCUGAGGAAUCUGGCGUUUGUCCCACUGGCUCCUGAUACCCACACGCUGUCACUGUGAAGCUGUUUAUUGUGUAGAGUCUUUGUGAAUAUUGUACUAAUUGUAUGAAGCUGAAAUCUUUACGCUAACCCACAGGGGGAAUCUAUAGCUAUCUCGGAACUCUGCAUACCCCCCCCACCCCCGUGUAUGUUGUAAUCCCCCUUGGUUUACUGCUUGCCUACAGAAUACACAGGCACUACACUUUCCGAUAUAUCCUGUGAAGCGCUUUCAGACAAUCUCUUGACAUGAAAGACCCUGUAUCAGAUGUCAGGAUUAUUGAUGAAGGAUUGUCCGGCAAGACUCUUACUCAGGGGCACGCAUAGUGUGCAAUAUGGGUUUAUAGUUAGACUUUAGGGUGAUAUUGAAGGAUGUACAUGUAGUGUGUGUACUGUGAAGGUCGUUGGUUAUGUUUAGCUUUGGUGAGAUGCUGAUUGCUAUCAUACAAUCACCUGAAUUGUCACAUAAUUGUGGAGCCUUUGUAAACGUGUGAUUUUAAAAAAUGGUUAGCGCCAGUGAGAUAUGGUAAAGAGUUACGCUUCCUGGAAUGAAUGGGAUUAUUGUACAAACACUAUGUGAAAUGUAGAGGCAGUGACGAAAGUGGUGAUGGGAUUCAGGGAAUGUUCUGAAGCCAAUGCCUUACAUAUAGUGUCUCGUAAGUAAUUGAAUCCCGAGCCUGUGUGGUAUAAUAUGUGAUGGGCUUUCCAGCUCUUUUUUAUACAGUAUUUUCUUCCAAUUUAUUUUUUAAAUGAUUUAUUGUAC